AUGGAUCCAACACCGGGCUCCGUCCUCGACGAGGACAGGUACCGAACAGAGGUCCUCCAACUGAACUCGUCGGAAGCAGAACAAGCGCGGGCGCAACAGCUUUCCGACGAGGCGCGGUUGUUGGGCCUCAGGGUACCGGAGAUUGAAUCCUCGACAUCCUUGGCCGCUUCGAUCGCUUCUGGAAUGGCCGAUCUCUCAUCCCCGGUGCUAUCCUCGGGCUCUUCGACGGACCGAAACUCAGUUCAGGAUGGAUCCGUUACGCCGUCGCACGAAACGUCCUCUUCCUCCCCGCUUGCGCUCGAUCAGAUCGUCUCGUCACUGUCCGACAUCACACUCGCCUCGGCGCGCGUGAAGCCGGGCAGCACACGGUCCCUCGCUUCUUUGUCUACUCGGCCAACAUCCUUUUGUUCCAGUGAAAGCCGGACACUUCCGGGUGGAUAUGGAAGUCAUAAUGAUGGACUGGCGGUGAAUCCAAACCGGAUGUCGAUGCUCAGUCUUGCGUCAGUCGACAAGAAGGAAAAGCGACGAAGCAGCAUAAAAAAUGCCAUUGGGCGCAUAAACUUCCGCAAAAAGCACCCCUCGAAUGAGAUUCUCCCGCCCAAUGCUCAAACCAGUGUCUCCAAGGGCGAGACCGGGGUCGACCGACUCUUACUAGAGACAAAGCCAGAACCACCAGCCAAUGACGAUGUAUACCAACGCCCUGUCACCGCUGUCGAGCCUCUUCCUAGGCUAGAGAUCCCGAUAUUCGAUAACGAGUCAAUGCAAAGAAGUGUGGAUGAUCCGGAGCUCAGCGCGAUGCACGAGCGACAUCGCAUGGAACGAAACCGCCAUGUCGCAUUCCAAGACGCUGCCAUCAGCACCCUCCGGCGUCGACACCAAACAGCCGUCUCUGAGAGACAGGUCGAGAACAAGCGUCUGGAGGAAGAAAAGGAAGAAAAGAACACAGCGGCAGCUAUGAAAAUCGAAGAACGCCAACUCGCAGUCGAAGUCGAACAGCAGCGCGAAUUCGACCGGGCUAAGGUGAACUCGCGUACUCGCAUCAAACACAUGGAGGGUUAUUUCCGCAACGCAAGUCCCCCGCCUUCUCCGGCCGGCGCCGCGCAGCGGUCCUCCGACUCCUUCUCGGGAUCCGAUACAACGCCGCUCUCGCGUCGCUUCACGCGACAGCAGAGAGACCAGCUGGAGCAACAAUACCAUGACCACGAGUCUAUGGAUGCUCUGCACGAUGCGCGGAUCAAGGUCCUUCGGGAUCGCCAAGAGCUCAAGCUGCAGGAUGCCAUUGAGCGCAUGGAACGCGAAUUCGAGGAUCUCACCCAACAGCAUGUGAAGGACGUGGAAGCGCUGCAGACUGAACACCAAAACGAAGAGGACUGCUUCCUGCGGGCUAUGGAUGCCAAGAAAAUAGAGCUUCGCCAUCGCUGGCACCUCGAAGAGGCCAUUCUGCGUAGCCAACUCGAGGCCCGCAACGGUCGACUAUACGGGCCACUGCCUCCGAUUCCUUUCGAUGCAUCCUAUACAGAAACCAACGGCUCUGCCAUUGCUACGGCUGAGGCAUCUCCGAUCUCCGCUGGAGAUGCGAAAGAAAGCACUGCAAUGCCGUCACCGGCGGAGUAG